CCAACUCCGACCAUCUGUUGUGUAGGAUCCAAAUUGUUCGAGUACUAAUCCUUUUACUUUCGUACCUGGAAAUGGAAGCAAGUGAUGCUGUCACUGAUAACGUAGAGGCUGGACCGACCACUGGAACGGGUACUAAAAACUGUGACUCAAAGAAAAUCAUCAAUGAGGUUUGUCAAAGCGAGCAACAUCAAGAAGAGAUUCUCAAAUCCACAGACUGCAAGGAGCUCCAAACGGUGCCUGAUGUAGAGGUAUCAGAAAAAGCAUUAACAAGUCUUGAAAGUACUGGCUUAUCUUGGCAGUCUGGUUCAGAAGGGAACAACCCUUUUAUCCGUGAGAAUGUAAUGCAAGAUGGGUACAAUUGGCGUAUAUAUGGGCAGAAACUUGUUAAAGGAAAUGAACUGACACGGAGCUACUACAAGUGCACACAGCCAAACUGAUGCUAGAUCUUUGGAGCAAAUAAUAGGUAGACCGAGCUGCCAAUCAGGACAUGCCGGGAACACAAUCAGAACAUAAAAGCCUUGCUUUUCAGGAGAAUGUGGCGAGAACAGAGCCUGUACAAAGCUAAACAUUCCAUUGCAGGUUCAAGGCUGAUUAAUAUAAAUUAGUACAAGGC